AGAUAGAAAAUGGAUGCCGCCAUUUAACUUCUGCUAGUAAUUAAUGAGAAAUUAAACAUCAACUGCAUUCUUCAUUAAGCAUCAGCAUAGAUUUUAAAGCAGGUUGGAUCUGAGGAGCUAGCAGAAACCUGAUUGACAGUGUAGAUUUAAACAGCCCACCUGGACGCAGUGCGCAUGCUCGAAACAACAACGUGAACCCUGCUUCGCGUCUUUCAGGCAUGCAGCUCUAAGUAACCAUCAUGGAUAGGUAGUCUCACCCAGUUUGAUACCAGUUUUGUGGAGGACAGAAGGCCGUCAACACAUCCUCCUUUGCUCUUUUGGGGAUCCAGAAAGUUUCCAGCAUCAUGGCUGAGGAAGACUAUGGCACGUUUGUGGACUGGAACCAGAUGGGGGAUCUGGCGACGAGCAGCGGGCCCACCAAGGUGGACUGCAAAGAGCUGAAGGAGUUCAAACAGAUGGCUCGCCAAGGCUACUGGGCCAAGAACCACAAACUGCGGGCUCAGGUCUACCAGCAGCUCAUCAAGUCCAUUCCGUGCCGCACCGUUACGCCGGAUGCAGAGGUGUACCGUGACAUCAUAGGUGACGCCGCCGCGAAGAAGCCGUCGUCUCACAUCCCGCUGCCGGAGUUCGUGGACGGAAAUCCGGUGCCGCGGUACUGCUUGAAGGUGGACGCGGUGGCCUCGGCGCACCGGAUCAUCAACUGCGUGGCGGGGCAGUUCCCAGACAUCUCGCAUUGCCCCUCCCUCCCGGCGCUCACCGCGCUGCUCCUCCACUUCAGCAAAGACGAGGCGCAGUGUUUCGAACACGUCAGCCGCAUCCUGGCCUGCAACGAGCCGGGCAAACGGCUGCUGGACCAAACCUUCCUGGCCUACGAGUCCAGCUGCAUGACCUUCGGCGACCUGGCCAACAAGUACUGCACGGCUGCGCACAAACUGAUAGUCGGCACCGCCCAGGACGUGCUGGAGGUCUACGCCGACUGGCAGCGCUGGGUGCUGGGCGACCUGCCGUUCGGCCACAUGGUCCGGGUCCUGGAUGUGUAUCUGGUGGAGGGCUACAAGGUCCUCUACCGCGUUGCCAUCGCCUUGCUCAAGUUUUACCGCAAACACAAAACGGGAGGCCAAGCGGGACAGAACCAGCAGCUCGACUCGGGGAAAAUCCGGUCAGAUAUUCAGGCGUUCAUCAGAGGCAUCGGUUCCACCGUCACGCCGGAGAAACUGCUGGAAAAGUCCUUCUCCAUCCGCCUGAUCAACCGCAAGGAGAUUACGCUGCUGCAGCUCACCAACGAGAAGUCGCUGCAGCAGAAAGGAAUCACCGUCAAACAGAAGAGCAUUAGGCGGAACGUGCAGCUGGCUCUGAAUCCUGACACGUUUUCCUCAGAGGUCGUCAGCGCCAAGGAGAUGCACGACAUCUGGUCUUGGAUCCCGGAACGCUUCGCCCUCUGCCAGCCGGAGCUCCUCUUCACCACCUCCACCCACGGCUGCAGCCUCAGCAGGUUCUACUCUCACUGCGAAGGCCAUGAACCCACCCUGCUCCUGAUCCGAACCACCGAUGGAGAUGUGUGUGGAGCCUACCUGUCGUCAGACUGGGAGGACAGGAAACGUGGAGGCAACAAGCUGAGCUAUUUUGGCACUGGGGAGUGUUUCGUAUUCAGGCUGAAGCCUGAGAUGGAGCGCUACGAGUGGGUGGUGAUCCGCCACCCUGAGUUGGCGUCGGCCAUCCGGCCCGCGGAUCCGGAUGAUCCGGCCGCCGCCGACAGUCCGAGCGCAGACCAGAGCCUCCAGGAGCCUGACAAACCUCCUGGAGAACUGUCGCCGUUUCUGGCUGCGCGCCACUUCAACCUCAACUCCAAAAACACGUCGAUGUUCAUGGCUGGGAACUUCGACUCCAUCAUCGUGGGAGGCGGCGGCGAGAGCAACGCGCUGUUCAUCGACGCGGAGCUGAACCACGGCCACACCGGCCGCUGCACCACCUUCGACAACCCGCCGCUCUGCAAGGAGAGCUUCCAGAUUUCCCUGCUGGAGGUGUGGGGCUUCCAGGACGCCAUGGCCCACUGAUGAUGAUGUCAUCAGCUCGUAAUGUUCAUGUUUAAGUGUUAAAAACGCCACUCGAACAACUUCCAUCCAGCAGACUUCCUCCUGAUUUACCAUAUUUAUUUAAUUAUGCUGUUCAAAGUUUGACAUGUAAAGAUUCUAUAUUUUCUUUAUUUUUGUAUGUAUAUAUUAUUUUGAAAUAUCAUUAUUAUUAUCGUUAUUAUUUUGAAAGGAGAGCUUCCUGCUGUGGUUAAUUUGCCAGUGAACAAAACGGUCGAUAAAAAUGGAUGUUUCCAGCAGCUUUAGUGAGUCUUUAAUAUGUGAUCAACUCUAAAUAUGAUGAAGGUGUAGUCAUGUUGUUCCAUAACAGAUGUAAAAAAAAAAAAGCACUAAUAAAUUGAGCAAAUAUUUGUUGACUUGUUGCUGCUUUAACUAAAACCCUCCUUUCUUUUUUUCUUCCCCUCCCUUCCUCACUUUUAAUAUUCAAGAAUAUUUUCUGUUCUGGGGGGAAAAAACUACUUUUUUGGUGAAAUAUCUGCAGUUUCUGUCUUUUCUUUUUUUUUUUUUUUUUUUUUUUAGCUUUUCCUGCUUCUGGAAAACGGAUAUAAAAUGUGGACCUGAGGAAACGUUGAUGGAUUAACAUGUCUCACUUAUGGUUGUAUGAAUGUUAUACGUGUGAAAAUACAGUAUUGAAAACAG